UUUCCAUAAAUUACUUUCCAUAGUAAAUACGUACGUUUUCAUCCACGCUGGGCGACCGGUUCUUUCCACCUCCCCAUGAUGCAAAGCAGGUCAUCAUUGACGAAAAGCGUCCUCCUCGUCUAGAGACGACUGACAAUUCCCAGUUGCAAACGGUUAUCGCCCGGGGCACAAUCACGCUGUGGUCUGGUGCCCUGCGAUUCAUCGACGAACCCAUCUGGAAGGCGAGGUGGUUAUGCAGAUCUUGUGCAAGUAGUGACCAGCUUCAUCGUAGUCACGAAGGAAUCGGACGAUUGCCGUCGUCGUAGCGAAAAAAAACGCGUUUCAAUUUCGAGAAGCUGUGAUUCAGUUCUGCAAGCGAUAGCUGGAUUGUGUGCCAGCCAAGAGCUGGUUUUGUGUCUCAAGCGCAUGAUUUGUGACAUGCAGGGAAUUCGAAAAGCGGUGAAUCGGCGUCUCUCUGUCUCUCUCUCUUCUGUGUUUCGCUGGAUUUAACGAUGCAACAGUUUUCUGUUGAGGUAGCGGAGAGUGGCUGUGUUGCUGGGGUAUUGGCGAGUAAUGAGGGUUGCUCUACUUGGGGUGGGGAUGGUUGCCAGCGCCGCAAUGGCCCUGUGGGAUCCAUGGCCAGGUGAGCUCUAGCAAUGCUCUAUCGCGUAUGAGUAUAUUGAAGCAGCAUGAUAAUGUAGGGGAAACGAGAUGGCCUCCAAAAAAGCAGCAUCUCCACUGCCUCUAACUCCGCCUUUGCCAGUGCUGGAUGAAUAUGAGGAGGGUGAGGACGAAAUUGCCCCGUGCAUCAUCAAGGUCCAGGUUGUUGCAGCCAUGAACGUUUGGGUUUUGGAAUCCGGCGAAGAGAAGUCGAAGAUAGGGUUCGACAUCCGAUUCCCGGAAGAACCACCUCCUCCUCCACCGGAUCCUGCAUUACCUCUACCUGUGUCGGAAGCGUUCUUGCCAUGUGAAGAGCCGAUUCCGAAGGGGGUUUGGCCUAUGCCCCCACCUCCGCCCUCACCUGCAUUGGAUCCCGCAUCACCUCUGCCAGAUCUUGCAGCAGCACCUCCCGAAUCUCCACCUCCACAAUCACCUGCAAAUUUCACUAUCUCGUAUGUGAGAGAAUAUACGCGGCGUCCAUCCUAUCGUCUAUGCAAUAGAUUGGUGCAAGAAGAGAUGGUCAUCACCGUGUACUGGAUCUCUCCAUCAGGAAUUACGAAAGCUCCGAUUGCAACUGCGAAAGUGAAUCUGGCAGGACUGCUGAAUUUACCGUCUGAUAGGUCUAAUCUGGAGAUUAUUGCCUCCUUGACGCCGUAUGUAGAGCCCGUUGAGGCUGCUCCAACUGUAACUCCUGUUGGCAAGGUAAAGAAGGCAGGUCCUACCCCUCCUCCGAAGAAAGGAUCCUCUAAUCCACCACCAGCUGCACCUGUUCCACCUGCGGAGAAUAAACCUCUUCUCCUAGACGGGGCAACUCUGAAAAUUUCUAUGAAUACCAGCACGCCCCUGGUCACCGAAGCUGAUCGCAAGGAUGGUUUUGUGAUGGAGAUCGGUGUCGUGACAAUACGAAAACUACCUCCGAAAGUUCAACAGUAUGGAACGCCAACAGGUGGGGUGCCACAGACCUUCAAUUAUACAGUUGGGUUUCCAAUUCCAGGAUUCACACCAGAUUCAACUUGGUGGAACUCGGUGAACGACGUUGGCGAGGGGGUAGACAAGGCAAGCUUCGGCCUAUUCAAAGCCACGACAGGUUCUGUAAUGCAAGAAGAAGUAAUGGUUCCGAAAGUUUUGGUUCCAGAUGUGGAUCCAUCCGUGGGUCCCUGCGAGCUCAAGAGGCUCCUGUUCGGAAGCGAGGAGGUAAAACCCGAUUGCCACGUCGAGAAUUCCAAGGCGGAUGAGUUCGGGUACCCAGCCGUCGUUCAAGAGGUGCACAACAUCGUGGUAUGGAAGGAAACCGGGAUCAAGAGAUAUCUUACAGGGCAGGGCGCGAACGAGUUGCGAGAGAAUUUACGGAAGAAGAAGAAGUGCAUUCAAGGCACUGUGGCGAGAUAUGUGACGGAAGAGAGCUUCAAUACUUACUGCGAUCCUUUCUUCGACCGCUACCGUGCGACCUUUGAUCUAGACUUGAAGCCGUUCCUUGACAAAGAAGGGUCGACGCGCCAUACCAUUUCCUGUCCAUUGAAGGAUUUCGUUGAAGUUACGGGAGGCACGAUUUGCCUUCGAGAAACGCGACCUUCAAAGGGGAAGCCCGUUGAAGAUGAUUUCGGACCACCUCCGGUUGCUCCUGUGGCUGCCAAAGGCGCACUACCACCACCUCCCGCUGUUCCGUUGCCGAAUGCUUGGGCCGAGAAUGGGUCUGUAAUUUUUGUCACAAUCAAAACGAGUAGCCCCUUUGAGCCCGUGUGGACACCACCUCCCGAACCUGAACUCGAAGUGGAGGAUCUCAUUCCGAAUCGUCCCAAAUGCCUCAACCUGCAUGACGCUGUGAAUGAUUCGACCAAUAAAUUUAAAGAAUUCGUAAAAAUCGCAGCUCAGGACAUCUCCUCCUUGCACAAGAAAGUGCUACAAGGGGAGGAAGUUGGGCAGAUAUUGGGAGAAGAGGCUUUACCGGCCACUAAGUCAAGGAAAGAGAGCGAUGCAGACGUGAGAAGAAAAGUGGUGUGGGAGUUGCACAAGUCAGGCGCGUGGCAAAUGAUGCGUGAUGAAAUGAAGAGCAGAGUACUCAAAAUCGCUGCGGAAAAGUUUAGGCUCGGACAGAAUGAGGCCAUCACGGGUGGAAAGUUCGAAUUCUGCAACUCGUUGUAUAUAAAUCUGAUGGAGGAAAUCCAUACAUGCAUUGCGGAUAUGUUCCUCAAGAAACACAGAAUAGCCAAUGCCUUGGAAGGAUACGUGGAGUUAAGUGAGAAAGAGAAGAAGCUCUUUCUGCUUCGGCAACUUGCAGAUGAGUAUGAGUAUGCUUGUGACUACGGGACCGCCAACAGAUAUCACCAAGAUAGGCUUCUCGGAGACACAAUUCACAACCCCGACAUAUGGUUUGAAUAUGGCUGCUUUGCAUUGCGUAUGAAGACUAAGGGUCGGCCGAGGGAGCGUGGAAAGGCGGAGGAAUGCUUUCGGGAGGCGCUCACACUGGACAAGAAUCAUUUUCUCAGUCUACUGGCGUUGGCUUCCCUCAUGUGGCACCGCAACUACUGCACCCAGUCCGAAAUCCUCCUUCACACAGCCAUUAAUCUCCACACCGAGGAAGAGUGGUUGAGUUGGUGCAUACUUAGCCAAGUGUACAACGCACAGGGGCAAACGGACAACGAAAAGAGCUGUAUCAGGAAGGCAGAGGUCCUUUAUACGUCAUCACAUGGGAAUCGUAACGCAUACACAGCCCCCCAUGUUCUUCUCUCGCCGCUACUCAAAUUCCCCUUCAGUUGUGGACACUUGUUCCUUCAAGAAAACCUUCCCAGUAGCACCGUCUUCUUCGAAACGGGCCUCUUUCUCCUGGACUUGCACCUGCAAAAAGAAGGGAAACAAAUUCUGGACUUAGAAUGUGACGUAUUUUCAACCGCGUUUGAUAACAAAUGGGCACACGCGAAGGUACAUGAACUCAACGAGGAGUAUGCGAAAGCAGAAAUCUGGAUCAAGGAGAACUUGUCCAUUACCCAUGAAGAGCCCAUGUCCUGGCUGUGUUUAGGGCGUAUUCGCUAUUUGAACAAAAAAUACCAGGAGGCAUUAGAAGCUUAUGAGAAGCACAUACGCUACCAAGGAAACAAACAAGUGUACAUGUAUGUUCACCUCGACAUAGGCAACUGCCACCUCCAGCUUGGGAACUACAAUGCGGCCAAGAAGGUGUUUCUCAAGCUCUGUCAAGUAGAACCAACCACAAGCUCCUGGCUCGGUGCCGCUAUCGCAUUCUACAGAACGUGUGAACAUAAGCAUAGCGAGCAAGCAUUGGUGGAAGCAAAUCACAUGGAUAGCAAGAAUCAAAGGGUGUGGGCAUACCUGGCCUUGGUCUGUCUCGCCCUAGACCGAAACGAAGAAGCAGAGAUCUCGUUCCAGCAAUUGCAGAAACUCGAACUGCAUGAUGUUCACUUGCUACUCGAAGUCGCUGAUGGGUUUGCCAAGUGUGGAAACUACCGAGAUGCAGAGGCAGCGGCAAUGGCCGUGAGGAAGGAGGAGGAAGGGCAAGUGUUGGCUAGGUUCAAGUUAGGAGAACUGUAUCACCAACAAGGAAAACUAGAAUGCGCAAAACUGGAAUAUGAGAGCAUCAUGAAGCGGGAAUGCGCCACCGGCGUGGAGAAAAGCGCCGCGGAGGAGCGCUACAACCAAGUCCACGACGCCAUUGCCGCAGCUCGCAUUCCCUCCUCCGAUAGUCGCGUCACCAUUUGAGCUCACCGACACUCGCCCACCGCGGGGCCGGGCCAGGUCGGGUAUUGGCCGGCCCUGGGUGUUACCGAUCCGGUUCUUAUGCCGGGCCGAGCUUUUGUAUUGCGGCGUUUAUUACAGGUUUCAUUUCUUUCAAACCACUUAUAACAUAUUAACUCAAGGGAAAUAGUAUUCUCUUUUCUAGAAGGGGAGACAAAAGGAAUUUAAUGAAAUUUUAGAAAAAUGUAUUUUUUAAAGAAUGUUACAUUGUAGAUGAAAGAUUUAAGAAUGAAGGUGGUAGGUGCAAUACAGAAACUUCGAUUUAGGCCUUACUCAAGAAUUAUUGUUAGAUCUGUUAUCUAAUAAAAAAUAAAUAUAAACAAAUAAAUCCUUCAAAGUUUUGUUUUGAA